GAGGAGUACACAGGCGGCAAGAGGACCGGGCUGCCUCAUCCCGCUUCUUCGGAAAGCUCAAGACCAGCGAGGGUGGACUAGCGCGCGCCGCGGCCGGUCUUCCUGCUCGCCUGCCUCGCGGUGGUGGGGUGGGGAGCCUUGCGAGGAGUGGCGCUGCGCCGGAGCGCGAGGAAGAGAUGUCUAAAGUCCGAGGCAGAGUUGUGCUUAUUCUGAGCCUUCUCCUUCUGACAACUUGUCUUGCUGCUGUCGAAGGGCUGCCCUUGAAGAAACAGCGCGGUCCCAGUCCGAAAGAAAGGGACUACACCUUAGUGGAGAUUGCCACGUCAUCUGAUGUUGCUUCAUUCAAAGAAGAAAUGCCACAGUCAAACAAGAUGCAGAACUUGAGGCUGAAUGGACAGGCCAUACCAGACCAACAGAAACACCGUUGGCCAUUGCAACAUGCUUCAAGGAACCAGCUGGCAUCACUCCAACCUGGGGAAAUACUCCCAGAAGAGAAAACACCUUUUGUGCUGGAUUUACAAAGUCUGACAGGCUUAGCCAAUGUGGAUCUGAAUGCCCAGAAUCCAAACAUACAGGUGACCAUUGAGGUAGUGAAUGAUCCUCAAGCAGAGAUGGAGAUGGACUUGCUGAAGGAGACUAGCAAUGACUGGUCCAUGUCUUCCUCUGACUGGUUAUCUCAUAAGGACCUCUUUUGGCCACUUUUCUGGGAAUACACAGAUCCUGUAGAGGAUGGUGAUGACAAUUUGAACAUAAAGAGCAGGGAUGAAGAAGAGGAGGAGGAAGAAGAAGAUUAUACAUCAGAGUAUGAUGAAGAAGAAAUAGUGCUAAGUGGAGUGGGGGGAAACUGGGAUCAGAGGUGGCCUAAUCGGAAGAACUGGAUCUUAAAAGAGAAAUAUAACUAUGAUUAUGAAGAUGAAGAGAUUUGGAGCCCUUGGUCUUCCUGCAGUGUAACCUGUAGCAGUGGCCACCAGAAGAGAACCCGGUCUUGUGGUUAUGCAUGCACAGCCACAGAGUCAAGAACUUGUGACCUGCAGCACUGUCCUGGAGAAGUUGGGGAAUUGGCUCCUACCACUGAAGAGACACCAUCUGAAGCUGAAAAUGCCUCAGAGAUUCUAAAUGCAGAUGUGGACAGUUGUGAGAAAUGGCUUAAUUGCAAGAGUGAUUUCCUCAACAAAUACCUAAGCAAAGUGCUUUCAGACCUGCCCAGCUGUCCCUGCUCCUACCCUUUAGAAGCUGUUUAUAGUGCUGUCAACUUGCAAGAUGAGCAGAAGGGCAAGAACUUCCGAUGGCAGGAUGCCAGUGGGCCAAAGGAGCGGUUGGACAUCUACAAACCCACAGCCCGUUUCUGCUUGCGUUCAAUGCUGUCCCUGGAUAGCACCACCCUAGGUGCCCAACACUGUUGCUAUGAUGAGAACACCAAGCUUAUUACCCGAGGCAAGGGAGCAGGAGCACCCAACCUCAUCAGCACAGAGUUCUCCCCUGAGUUACACUACAAAGUGGACAUGCUGCCUUGGAUCCUCUGCAAAGGGGACUGGAGUCGAUACCAUGCUGUGCGGCCUCCUAAUAAUGGGCAGCAGUGUGCUGUCAACCCUCCAGAAGAUGAGUACCUUUCUCAACUACAGGAGGCCAGAGAGUAUUAAUACAGCAACAAAAAGGAGGCGGUGGAAAUCAGGACCUUUUCUGUCUCCCUGGCUUGACAGCAUAACAAAGUUUAUUGUUUCUCCAACCA